AUGGAUUUUUAUAACAGAGAGUCUCCUCGAAAUCAAAAAAGAAACGCUCAUCUUUUGGCCACUAUGAAAAACGGAAACAGUGGGAAAUGGGAUUGUACAAUGCUAUUUUACGCCAUCCUUUUCUCUGAUUGCGUCGGGCCAGGUCUUAGCGCAAUAGUCAGAAAAAAGGUAGAUGAUCUACGAAAUUUCAGGAAUGAAGAAUUCGCUCACAUGCCACAAGGUAGUCUCUCUGAGAUCGAUUUUCAUAAUGCUAUUAGCAAGGUUGAUGUUGCCUUUCAAGCGCUUAGUCUUCCCACUGUAAAAAUUCAAAACCUAAAAUGUCAGAAAACAUUUCCAACAAAAGAUUUAACAAAGGUCCUCAAAGAAAUUGAUAAUCUGAAACAAGAAGUUCAAGAAAAAGAGAGUCAGCGCCAGGUCCUUGAAGAUCAGCUUCAAAAUGAAGCACCCUCAUUUUGUGUUCUCCCUCCUAAACCUUCGCAUGAAAUCGGUGAUCGUGAAAGUGAAGUAGCCAAAAUAGUCCAACAGCUGAGGGAACUAAAUGAGUCCAGUGACAACAGGUUGAGUUAUCUAUACAUCUCAGGGAAUCCUGGAAGCGGAAAAUCACAGCUAGCUGGCCUUGUAGCUGAGAGAUUCUUUGACGACCUCAAAGAAAUGCCAGGUGGCUCUUCAUUUGUAAUGACCUUAAAUGCUGCUAGUCUAGAUUCACUUCUGGAGUCGUAUGCCUCAUUUGCUCGCCAUUUAAAGUACCCAGACUAUUCAAUUGUGAAAACCCUCAGCUCAAAGGACUGGACCUUGGACAAAAAGAUCACUAGGCUUAAGAAGCUUGUCGCUGUAAAAAUUACCUGUUACACGUCGUGGCUACUGGUGGUUGACAAUGUCACUACUCUGUCUUCAGUGCAUGUCCAUUUACCACAGUUUGAAAACGAAGCUUGGGCGAGGGGCCAGUUGCUGAUUACGACCCAGGACACAACAUCAAUUCCCUCAGAAAACUCUUUUGUUAACCACAUCUCGGCAAGCAAAGGUAUGGAGCCCAAUGACGCCUGUUCAUUAUUGUCCACGGUUUCCGGUAUCCCAGAUAGCGAGCUAGUAGGAACAGUAGCACAAAGACUGGACUAUCAACCUCUUGCUUUAGCAGGCGCUGCCGUCUUUGUUAAAGAGAUUCGGCAGGACAAAGUAUCGACGCAUUUUGGGUGGGAGGACUACCUGAAGAUCUUAAAAAAAGGAAAAAGAAAGAAAACGGAAGAUACACUUGUCGACACCAAUCCAGUUUACCCAAAUUCAAUGACCAAAGCAAUAAAGUUAGCCGUAGAAUCACUAAUGAGAUCCGACAAAUUUCAAAAACACCUUUUCACUUUUCUUGCCGUCUGCGCUCCAAGGCCAUUGAACGUCGACAUAGCAGUUAGUUACAUCAUGAACGCACACGAAGAGUUUGAUGACGCGGACAAGGAACUAAUUCGCAUGAGAUUAAAAAGAAGCUCACUUCUGCUGUUCCAAGAUGACGAGGGUGGCUGUUUUGUUCGACUUCACCAGGUUGUGCAUGACGUUAUUAAAACUGUAACAAAAGAGUGUUCAGAAAGCCAAACCAAUGAGGUUGUUAGUGGGGCCAUUACAUCGUUCAACGAAUUUAUCGGCGCGACUCCUCCAGAGAGUAUGAGACUGAACACUAGACACAUCGCUCCACAUUUCAAAGCUUUAACUAUGGUAAUUAACAAAAUGUUUUCGCAAAAUAAUUUCUUUCAAGUUCAUGAUAAGGGCAUCUCCGAAAAAUUCAAAAACUUUGGAAAUAUUUGUCAAAUGCAUUGUGAAUUCGAAGGAGCAAAAACAUAUUUUGAAUAUUCACUCACUUUUAAGCUUCAAGAGCUGGGCCCGAAACAUGUUGAUGUUGCAACAAGCUACACGAGUUUAUCUUCAAUUUGCAUUGAUUUAGGUGACUUCGAGCGAGCCAAGGAGUAUGAGCUACGUGCUUUUGACAUCAAACUGGACAAGCUAGGCCCGGAACAUGUUACGGUUGCAGGAAACUAUCAUAACUUAGCUAAAAUUUACCAGAAAUUAGGCGACUUCGAGCAAGCCAAGGAGUAUCAGCAACGUGCUCUUGAUAUCCGACUGGACAAGCUCGGUCCGAAACAUGUUGAUGUUGCAUCAAGCUACACGAAUUUAGCUUUAAUUUACAAGACAUUAGGUGACUUGAAGCAAGCCAAGGAGUAUCAGCAACGUGCUCUGGACAAUCAUCUGGACACGCUCCGCCCGGAACAUGGUGAUGUUGCAGCAAGCUACGAAAACUUGGCAUGCAUUUACAAGCAUUUAGGUGACAUCGAGCAAGCCAUGAAGUAUCAGCGACGUGCUCUUGACAUCAAACUGGACAAGCUUGGCCCGGAACAUGUUAAUGUUGCAAGAAGCUAUAAUAACUUAGCUUUAAUUUACCAGAAAUUAGGCGACUUCGAGAAAGCCAAGAAGUAUCAGCAACGUGCUCUUGACAUCGAUCUGGACAAGCUCAGCCCGGAACAUGUUAAUGUUGCAAGAGACUACAAUAACUUAGCUUUGAUUUACCAGAAAUUAGGUGACUUCGAGCAAGCCAAGGAGUAUCAGCAACGUGCUCUUGACAUCGAUCUGUACAAGCUCGGCCCGAAACAUGUUAAUGUUGCUGGAGACUACAAUAACUUAGCUUUGAUUUACCAGAAAUUAGGUGACUUCGAGCAAGCCAAGGAGUAUCAGCAACGUGCUCUUGACAUCGAUCUGUACAAGCUCGGCCCGGAACAUGUUAAUGUUGCAGGAGACUACAAUAACUUAGCUUUGAUUUACCAGAAAUUAGGUGACUUCGAGCAAGCCAAGGAGUAUCAGCAACGUGCCUUGGCCAUCAGAGCAGACAAGCAAGGCCACAACAAAACAACAAAUAAGGUAAGGACUGCUAACAGACGCAAAAAACUAUAUUAUGGAGAUUAUAUUUCUUCUUGAAAGAUUUUGCACAGUCUUGAAUGGUUAUCACGUUGGCACUGUGUCUUUGAAAUUUGUUAAAAUCUAAAACGACUGAUUUUUUUUUUUUACAGCAGCAUAAGUUGUGUCUUAAACUGCAAGGGUCUUCUUUGCAUUCUUUCUUCCGCAGUUCGAAUCUAUGAAAUUCAUAUAUUCUUUCUUAAUAAUUUUAAUUUGAUAAACUCAAAAUCGCUAUAUACAUUAAUUAUGGAAUCAAUAGCUGGGACGUUGGUAGAACACCCCUUAAUCCAGGUUUGACUGUAAUAGUUUCCGUUAACGCUCUAAUCCUGCUUUCCGUAUCUUUAAGUUUCUUGUAAUGAAAAAAAAAAACCUGUUAGUUCUUGCAGAUUACUCAUGCAAUUGAAAGGCAUUUAUCACAACCCAAGAAAGAAGAAGAUGAUGAGGAUGACGAUGAACAACGCAGUAGUAAGG